GGGGGCCGGACGGCACGCGCACGGCCGCUCUCAUCUCGAGUCUCGAAAUCGCAGCAGCUGCCGAAGCUCUCAAACGACACGCCCGGACGCCGACCACGCCGACGACGACGAUAGCGACGAGAACGAGUGUCCCUCAUUCUGUUGACAGGCCACAGUCAGGGCUAGAGAAACGAAAACAAAACAAAUACUUCAAUACGCAACAACGGCAACGGACGAUAGACUAGACAAAUAUGUCGGGCACAAUCCCUCACUUCUGGGCCCAGCCCUUCCGCUACAUUCGCUGGUCCGCCCGCGAGAAGCCCGCCUACUUCUACUCGUGCGUCAUCGCCGGACUCGGCCCCGUCUUCCUGACGGUCGUGCCACCUGUGCGCAAGUAUUUUGGGGAUGUCAACCCGGCGCCGAUUCCCGUUACUUAUCCUAUCCCCACCGGACCUAGGAAGCAACUUACGGGUUAUGAUGAUGAUACCGAGGAGGCAUAAAGGCAUGAUGGAUGUUAAGGUAUCGAUUGGGCUGAUGCUGGAAGAGAGAGAAGGAGAGAAAAGAAAGACAAUCACCAAGCGGAGAGACAGUACGCUGUUGUUGUGGACAUGAAGGAUUACAGAAACUUCCCAAACAACGUGAACGGUCGAAGUCUGGAGGAAGUAUCAGAAUACAGGAUGAUAUGUACCAGAUGAAACGAGAUCGAUCGGUUCCCCUCUACCUUUUCAUCUUCCAGUGGUUGACGCCGGGGAAACGGGGUGAUAGGAAGUCUAAUGUAUUACGGGCUAUAGUAUAGAACUUGAUAUCUAUAUAUUUGACCAAGGAAACCUCUAGGGCGGUGAUCAUAGGUACGGCCUUGAGGGUCUGUAUAAUGUUAUCCCGACAGAUGAGAUAUAUCUCCAAAUAAAAUCUUGC